UAGGAGUAGUACAAAAUCCGUGGUGGCUCAUCUCGAAGACGCUCGAAACAAUUUUCGACAACGACACGAGAGCCCCAAAGCCAACUCAUCAACCAGUGAAACGGCACCGGCAUCUGUGCUUAUAUCAACGUACGGACUCCCGCCAGGCCACGAUGAACAACCCACGUCCACGAGACGAACGAAAUGGAGAUCGAGCUCUGGCCGCUAUGGGCGACGGUGCUCACCGUCGUCUCGCUCCUCUACUACUGCCUGACCAACCUGCAGGCAGCACGCGGGCGCCGCGCGACCGGCACGGAACGCCGGCUGCCGCCGGGCCCCACGCCGCUCCCCAUUCUAGGCAACGUGCUCAGCCUCGGGGGCAACCUCCACCACACGCUCGCUCGCCUGGCCCGCGCCCACGGCCCCGUCAUGACGCUCAAGCUCGGCCUCACGACCGCCGUGGUGGUCUCCUCGCGCGACGCGGCGCGGGAGGCCUUCACGAGGCACGACCGGCGCCUGGCCGCGCGCGCCGUCCCGGACACCUCCCGCGCGCUCGGCUUCUCCGGCCGCUCCAUCAUCUGGCUGCCCAGCUCGGACCCGCUCUGGAGGACCCUGCGCGGGAUCGUGGCCGCCCACGUCUUCUCCGCGCGGGGGCUCGCCGCGGCGCGCGGCGCGCGCGAGCGCAAGGUGCGCGACAUGGUGCGCCACUUCCGCUGCCGCGCUGGGCGGGAAGUGAGCUUCGGCCAGGCCGUGUACGGCGGCGUGCUCAACCUCAUGUCGAGCGCGUUCUGCUCCGUCGACGUGGUCUCCAGCGCCGACCUAAACUCGUCCCUGGGGCUGCGGGAGCUCGUGGAGGACCUCAUCGAGGCGGUCGCCAAGCCCAACGUCUCCGACCUCGUCCCUUUCCUCCGUAGUCUCGACCUCCAAGGGUGGCGUCGCUGGACGGCGAGGCGCUUCGAGAAAAUCUUCCGAAUACUGGACGCCAUAAUCGACCGUCGUAUGGCAGCCGACAACGACAAGUUCCCGCACGGGGACUUCAUGGACUCGCUCCUGGAGCUCGUCUCCGAAGGCAAGAUCGGGCGCGACAACCUGACGACCAUACUCUUCGACGUCCUGGCUGCCGGGAGCGACACGACGACGCUCAGCGUGGAGUGGGCGAUGGCCGAGCUGCUCCGGAACGCGGGCGCCAUGGCCAGGGCUCGUGCGGAGAUACGCGACGCCCUCGGCGGCAAGGAAAGCAUCGAGGAGGCCGACGUGGCGAGCCUGCGUUACCUCCAGGCCGUGGUGAAGGAGUCCCUGCGGCUGCACCCGGCGCCGAUCCUGCUGCCGCACCUGGCGACAGACGAAGGCGUGGAGAUCGGCGGCUACGCCGUGCCGAAAGGGUCGACGGUCAUCUUCAACGCGUGGGCGAUCAUGCGGGACCCGUCGGCGUGGGAGAGGCCCGACGAGUUCGUGCCGGAGAGGUUCCUGGACGUGGACGUGGCGGAUCGGGUGGAUUUCUGGGGGAAGUCCUUCGAAUUCAUCCCGUUCGGGUCCGGGCGAAGGCUGUGCCCCGGCGUGCCGUUGGCGGAGCGGGUCGUGCCGUUUAUCCUGGCGUCGCUGCUGCACGCGUUCGAGUGGCGGCUGCCGGACGGCGUGUCGGCCGACGAGCUGGAUAUGAGCGAGAGGUUUACCACGGCCAACAAGAUGGCUGUCCCGCUCCGGGCCGUGCCGGUCGUGGUCACGUAAGCCAUGCGAGUUGGAAAUGCGAACCUGCAUCGAUCUGUAUCCUCCGGCAUGUACUUUACGUCCGGAAUUACUUAGUCGCUGAUUUAAAACAACUUUGUACUAAAUUCGGAACAAAUAAUUCGGGCCAUAGGAGUAGUAUAUUUGCCAUUUAAGGGUCUCUCUUAAUUCGAAGGAUCUGUACCUACAUUUUGAAGGAUUACAACUCUUACAUUCUUUUUUCCUACAAAAAA